AUGGAUAUCCACCGCUCUCGCUUCGUGGCCUACCCGUCAUCGGCCAUCAACGCCCUUUCAUUUUCGAGAUCAAGCGACAAGAAUUACACGGAUCCCAGGCCCGCGCUGAAGCUCGCCCUCGGUCGCGCAAAUGGAGACAUAGAGAUCUGGAGCGCCGACAAAGGAGACUGGGUCCAAGAGUCGGUCUUCCCAGGAGGUUCAAAGAGAAGCGUGGAUGCGCUGGCCUGGAUUCAAGAGCCGGACGACACAGAUUAUGAGGGACACACAAUUCUCGGCCAGCUGCGCCUGUUCAGCAUUGGCUCGACGGCUGCUGUGACCGAGUGGGACUUGACGACAGGCAAGGAGCUGCGCUCGUCGACGGGCAACUUCAGCGAGGUGUGGUGUUUCGCCGCCCAGCCGCGCUGGCGUCCGUCCAAGACUUCGCGUGAGGACGAGUUCCGCGGCCAGAACCUGGUUGCUGGCACAGGCGACGGCACCCUUGCCAUUCUCUCCACCGAGGACAACGAUCUCGUCUUCAAGCGAUUCUUGGCCCGCGGCGGCAACCGCAAGACGCGAUGCAUGAGCGUGACAUGGAAGGACAGAGACACGGUCGUCGCCGGCUUUACCGACAGCACAAUCCGCAUCUACGACGCUCGCAAUGGCUCCUUGUUGCGCAACCUCAGCUUGGGCGCAGGCAUUCCUGGUGCUCCCCGCGACACGCUGGUCUGGAAGGUCAGAUGUUUGCCCAACGGUGACAUUGUGUCAGGCGACUCGAACGGCCAGCUCAAGUUCUGGGACGGAAGAACAUACACCUUGUCACAGAGUGUGAAUGGCCACGACUCGGACUGUCUGGACCUUGUCAGCAGCACCGACGGCAACACUGUCUUUUCGGGCGGCAUGGACGGUCGCAUCGCCGUGUACAAGCUGGGCGGCAAAGAAGGCGACAAGAGAAGGUGGGCAAAGACCAGCCACCGUCGCAUGCACGAGGGUGACAUCAAGGCCAUGGCCGUCUACGACUCCAAGCACAUGAGCGUCGUUCUGUCAGGAGGUGCGUGUCCCUGCGACCUGUCUCAUUUGUACCAUGCUAACAACUCCCAGNGUCUCGACACCACACCCUUCGUCAUUCCCCUCCGCAACUUCAACAAGGAGAACCACCGCAGACUCCCUGGUCUACCGCAGAACCCCGUCCUUGCCUCUUGCCCGCAACAGCGCAUGCUCGUCAGCUGGGCCGAGAGUGAAAUCAGCAUCUGGCGCAUGUACAAGCAGAGCUCCGAGCGCAUCCCCGUACCCGAAGACACCAGAAAACUCCUCAGCCGCAUCCAGAUCGACUCGAAAGAAGCCAUCACCUCGGUCGCCAUCUCUCCCGAUGCUUCACUCCUCGCCGUGUCUACCAUCGAUUCUGUCAAGCUGUUCCACCUCUCGCACACCGAAGACGACCGCGAAGACCGCCUACGCAUACGCAAGAUUGCUGCCCCCGAAGCUAUCGCCGAGAACGGCGCCCGCUUGAUUACCUUUUCACCCGACGGAAGAUGGCUGGCAGCAGUGACACCGCAGAGCGAAGUCUGCCUGGCAAGAAUAGAGGACGAUUCGGACAAGCCCAACUUCUUGAACGCAAAUGUUGAGCUGGAGCGUCAGACUCGCAAGGUCACAAUCCAGACUGGCCUCAAGAAGUACGAGCGCACCAUCAACAGGCUCGCCUUUUCGCCCGACAGUGCUGUUCUGGUUGCCAGUGAUCUCUCUGGUUAUCUGGAGAGCUGGGUGCUCGAAGGACACUAUGACUCGACUGCUCCUGCUAUGGAUACUGCCACAAAGUCUUCCUCGGGCUCAGACAAGGCCACUGAUUCUGACGACGACAGCGACAGUGACGACGAGGACGAGACAAUCGUCUUCUACGGACAGCACUGGACAGACAACCCUUCAGGCAAUCUCUUGCCCAGGCUUGACUCUGCACCUCUUGUUCUUUCCUUCCAACCACUUACACCGGCGCAACAAGAAGAGCCCAUCGUGAAUGGCAACCCUGGUGUCCACCCUACCCGCAACAACCCUCAUCCCACAUCUCACGCCCUUCCCUCUACCAAAUCUCCUCUGUUCAUCGUCACAUCUCACCACCAAGUCUACACAUUCGACGUCUUGGCCGGACGCCUCACGGACUGGUCGCGCAGAAACCCCACAAGUGUUUUGCCUGCCGAGUUCCAGACCAUCAAGGAUCGCGCCAUGGGUGUCGUGUGGGAUGUGAAUGAUGCCCGAGCCCGCGCCUGGCUGUAUGGUGCCAACUGGGUCGGCAUGCUCGACUUGUCACAGAACUACGAACCUUCCAAUGUACUAGACGAAGCUCUCGAGGAUGGUGAAGACGACGUUUCUGCGCAACAUACACCCAGCAAGAAGCGUAAGCGUCGCGAAAGCAACAAAUGGGGCAAGCUCGCAGAGCAGCGCAAAAAGGCAAAGGGUAUGGGCGGUGCUGGUGACAAGGCCGCGAGUGGAGAGACAAAGGGUGUUGUAGAUGAGAUCCGCCGCAUCGAAGAUGGCAAAGCCAUCGAGCUCACCAACGGCACCUCUCACGAGCAAGACUUGGAUGACGAAGAAGCCCUAGACGAUGCAGUGGGUCCUCUCCGUCGUGGCAAUGAUGACACAGAAGUAGACACAAAUGGCGGCGCAGACGGUGCUCUGGCCGUCACCUCAGCAGGCCGGAGAAAAUGGUGGUGUACAUACAGAUACAGACCUAUACUGGGCAUGGUGGCCAUGGGCGAAAAGACGUCAGAUGCGGACGAAGAACAGCCCGAAGCCGUGCUGGUGGAGCGUCCGCUAUGGGAUCUGCCACAACUUCAAGAGCUGGGCAAAUAG